AUAUGAUCACAAAACAAAGAAAAACAUGAUAUUUAGUAUCGCAUGAAAACAUACCUUAACAUAAGUAUUCCGGUAGAUGGUGUGGCAAUCGUAUCAUGUUAUUCUCUCCUUGGUAGCUUUUUCUCCCCCCCCACUAUUACUCCCAAAUGAGAAUGUGAUGUCAUGUACUGAAAAUUUAGAGCCUUGUCUGGCAAAGCUGUGUAUUAUAUCUUCAACACAAAACACGAACAUAAUCUCGUCUCGAUUGUCAUUUGAAACGGGAUUAAGUAACAGUGAAGACUUAUGGGUGCAAAUAAAGCCUCAAACUGAGAUACAAUUAUCUGCAGACAUGUGUCCAAUAAACAAUUUGCAUAAUCCGCAAAUAAUGAAAGAUAAAAUAGUCCAUGAACGAUCUACAGAGUUGAACACGCGAGAUAUCUCGUCCAAGACGUCACACAGGGGACAUCGAUCGCCAGAUAUCUCAUCUACAGCAUCGCACGAGGGAAAUUGGGUCGCGAGAUAUCUCGCAAAGAGGUUAAUCGAUGUUUAUCCUUCCUCGAUGUGAGCUUUGAGCCCGUAAUCGGUUUCGAAUUCGGAAGAAUUUCGUUCAGAUUCUAUGUAAAACAGUAGCAGGAAGUACAAGGGGCAAUGGAAAUACGUAUCAUAUUUAAUUAAUUAUACGUAGAAUUUCGCAAAGUAUACAGGCAAGCGUUUACAUCAAAUUAUUGGUUUAACAUUAAGGGUAUGUACGAACGUCUCUACGUUUGUACGCUUAUACGUUUACACGUAAUCACCGGAAAUCGAUCGAUACAUCCUAAUACGUGGCUUAGGUAAAUGUACAACGAGAGUCAAAAUUGUGAUUCUGUAA